AUGAACAACACUCAGAGAGAACGAUGUGAGAAAGUAUCUCCCGACUGUCCCCUCGAGGACACCAUCUACGGCUAUGUCCCCAACAUGGGCGGCAAUGCCUUUUUCGGCGUCGUCUUCGGUAUCUGCACCCUCGUCCAAGUCUACUUUCUCAUCCGCUACUGGCGCCUCUGGAAAGGCUACACCAUCCUCGUCCUCAUCGGCAGUUUGCUCGAAUGUUGCGGCUACGCCGGCCAAAUUCUUAUGUCCAAGAACCCAUGGGAUGGUGCAGCUACGUCAAUCCAAUUCGUGCUUCUCAUGGUCGGCCCAUCGUUCCUUGCUGCAGCACUGUACAUGACGCUUCGGGCUUUGGUGCAGUACUUUGGGGAGCAGUAUGCCAAGCUUCCAGCGAGGCUCUGGACGUGGCCGUUCGUCACUGCUGAUAUGCUGGGGUUCUUUUCCCAGUGUGUUGGUGGUGUCAUGGCGUCGACGACGGAGAAGUAUCCUUCUCUUGGAACUGUAGGAAGGGUAAUCAUGGUGUUUGGGGUGACAUUUCAGGCUGUCGUCAUGGCUAUUGCAGGCAUUCUUGCCGCUGACUUUGCUUUGCGUAUGCGUCGAGAACGUGGAAGUGUCUUUCGAUAUCUGCCCAAGGACCUCAACAUCUUUCUGAUCUCUCUGACGGUUGUAUUUCUUCUCGUUCUGACCCGUUGUAUCUACCGUAUCCCUGAGUUGGCUGGGGGCGUUGGUGGACACAUGAUGCGACAAGAGGUUGAGUUCAUGAUCCUCGAUGGCUGGUAUUCAGACUCAUGGAUCUCGAAUCGAGUGCAUCUCGAGAUGGAUCUGGCAGAAUGCCUUCAGAUAGACCGCGGAGAGGACAUUCGAGCAGAUCACACAGAUCACCGUCAAGCAGAUCACGCAGGUCGCCUGCGGGCCGAUACGAACCUCGACGAGAGCCCUCCGACUACUGAGUUCGGCGACGUGUUGUAG